AUGGCAUCGAUUGGGGAAUUCGACCCUCUCAACACCAGAGUCCCUGCAACUAAAAUAGAAGUUACCGUCUCGUGCCGGAGUCUGCUGGAUGUGGACACCUUCUCCAAGUCUGAUCCAGUGGUCGUGUUGUAUUUGCAGGCCGUGGGAACCAAAGAAUGGAGGGAGUUUGGCAGGACAGAGGUCAUCGAUAAUACUCGGAAUCCGGAUUUCGUCAGGAAGUUCGUCCUGGAUUUCUUCUUUGAAGAGAAACAAAAUCUACGGUUUGAUGUGUACAACGUGGACUCCAGAAGCUGCAACAUAUCCAAACACCCGUCCGUAUAUGGCGACUUUCUGGGCCAGACCUUCUGUACCCUCGGAGAAAUCAUUGGCUCCACAGCAGGGCGGCUGGAGAGGACCCUCUCUGGGAUUCCAGGAAAGAAGUGUGGAGUCAUUAUCUUUGCUGCAGAGGAGCUCAGUAACUGCAGGGACAUUGCCACCAUGCAGUUGUGUGCCAACAAGCUGGACAAAAAAGACUUUUUUGGCAAGUCUGACCCCUUCCUGGUUUUCUACCGGAGUAAUGAGGACGGAACGUUCACCAUCUGCCACAAGACCGAGGUGGUCAAGAACACACUGAAUCCGGUGUGGCAGCCCUUCACCAUCCCUGUUAGAGCUCUCUGCAACGGCGACUAUGACAGGACCGUGAAGGUAGAUGUCUUUGACUGGGAUCGAGAUGGAAGCCAUGACUUCAUUGGCGAGUUCACCACCAGCUACAGAGAGCUGUCUCGGGGGCAGAACCAGUUCAAUGUCUACGAGGUUUUGAAUCCCAAGAAGAAAGGCAAAAAGAAGAAAUACAUCAAUUCUGGAACUGUUACUCUGCUGUCCUUCAAAGUGGAGUCCGAGUAUACCUUCGUGGAUUUCAUCCGAGGAGGAACACAACUCAACUUCACAGUGGCCAUAGACUUCACGGCAUCCAAUGGUAACCCCUCCCAGCCCACUUCCCUCCACUAUAUGAGUCCCUACCAGAUGAAUGCAUAUGCCAUGGCCCUGAAAGCGGUCGGAGAGAUAAUCCAGGACUACGACAGUGACAAGCUCUUUCCUGCCUAUGGUUUCGGAGCUAAGCUGCCCCCCGACGGCAAAAUCUCCCACGGCUUCCCGCUGAGCGGCGACGCUGAGAAUCCAAACUGUGUGGGCAUAGAGGGGGUUCUGGAGGCUUAUUUCCAGAGCCUGAGGACGGUGCAGCUGUACGGACCCACAAACUUUGCGCCUGUUAUCAACAAAGUGGCAAACUGCGCCGCAGAGAUUACAGAUGGCUCUCAGUACUUUGUCCUACUGAUGAUCACAGAUGGAGUGAUAUCCGACAUGGUCCAGACCAAAGAGGCUGUGGUCAAUGCAGCGGGACUCCCCCUGUCCAUAAUUAUCGUAGGCGUUGGACCCGCUGAGUUUGAUGCUAUGGAGGAGCUGGAUGGAGAUGAAGUGAGGGUGUCCUCCAGGGGACGUCUUGCCGAGAGAGACAUUGUACAGUUUGUGCCGUUCAGAGACUACAUCGACCGAUCCGGCAACCAGGUCCUCAGCAUGGCCCGGCUGGCGAAGGACGUCCUGGCCGAGAUCCCCGACCAGCUGCUGUCUUUCAUGAAGAGCCGCGGGGUCGAACCCCGACCGGCCCUCUCCUCCUCGCCGCUACCGGAGCUGCACCGGCACAUCUGA